CGCUAUAACCCAGAGAGAAGAAGAAGUUAGCAUUAGCUAGAAAGCUAACCUCACAGUAAAAGUCUCUGUUUUCUGUGUUAAAUUACCUGAAUACCUGAUUCAGGUACAUUAUCAUCCUCAUAUAUCGGCUAAUCGAUCACCUCCAGAGGACAAAGAAGCUGGAUAAAGAGCGCGGCGUUUCUGAACAGCUGUACGAUAUGUGAAGGUGUGGCGAGAGCUUGUCCUGACAGCUUCCCCACCAGCAUUCACCACGGCGGGGGACAUCAAGCCCACUGUGUGCAGGGUGGUCAUCUACCUCCAGAGGGAUAUGUCGGGAGAGAGCUGCCUGCACCAGCGUCCUCCGCAGGUUCCGCCCACCGUGUUAGUCUCUGCAGUGACCUGCCCCAAGACCAAGACGUGUUGCCAGGAGGGCACUGUGGGAAACAAAUAUGUGCGACUCAAUGUGGGAGGAGUUCUGCACUACUCAACUGUGCAGGUGCUGACGCGACAGGACGGCCUGCUGAAGUCCAUGUUCAGUGGCAAGACCGAGGUUUUCACGGACAAAGAAGGUUGGAUUUUGAUCGACCGCUGUGGGAAGCACUUCGGGUCAAUACUCGGCUACUUGAGGGAUGGAAGUCUGACCUUGCCCAAGAGCAGGCAGGGGAUCAUGGAGCUUUUGGCAGAGGCCAAGUACUAUCAUAUCCAGGGUUUGAUAGAUUUGUGUCAGCAAGCCGUUCAGGAUAAUAAGCAACAGGCUUUGUGUGUUAUCCCUGUCAUUACCUCCUCAAAGGAAGAAGAGAGAUUAAUACAGGGCUGUACAAGGCCAGUAGUGAAGCUGCUCUACAAUCGAAGCAACAACAAAUAUUCCUAUACCAGCAACUCUGAUGAUAACUUGCUUAAGAACAUUGAGCUUUUUGAGAAGCUGUCCCUGAGCUACAACGGACGAGUACUGUUCAUGAAGGAUGUAAUUGGGGACGAGAUCUGUUGCUGGUCUUUCUACGGACAGGGCCGCAAGUUAUCUGAAGUUUGCUGCACAUCUAUUGUCUAUGCUACUGAGAAGAAGCAGACCAAAGUUGAGUUUCCUGAGGCGCGGAUCUACGAGGAGACACUGAAUGCACUGCUUUAUGAGACACUCCCAGUCCCAGACAACUCUUUACUGGAGGCCACGCGCCGCCGUGCCCACUGUGGCUCCCACAGCGAGGAGGAGGAGGGCGUGGAGCUGAGGGAGCGCGUACGCCACAUACACAUAAAGAGAUACAGCACCUACGACGACCGGCCACUUGGACAUUAGCUGUGCGGAGGACUCCGUUCUACUUGCUCUUCCAAAUAUCUUUUCCACUUGUGCCUCUAUUUUCGUCCUGCUGUGGGCGAAGGCUCGCAUUAUGUACUAAGCGCGCACACUGUGUUCUGCACAGAGCACUUUUAGGGUACACUGUAAGGGUGAGAAAGAUAUGGAGAAAAAUGUAUUCUAUACUCUAACCAGACUCCUUUAUUGGGAUGUUUAUUCAUACUGUGUGCAUUAUGAUUGCUGGUGUUUUAAUCAGGGGUGUUUUGUUUGUUGUUUCUGAUACUUAAUAUGAUUCCGUAUUUCUGGACAUUGUGCAGAAUUCCAUGUAGUGCCUUUAACACUAGGAUUAUUUUUUAGUUAUAAAUCUUAAGACUUAUUUUUUUGGUAAUUGAUAUGUAAAAGUUAACUAUCUUUAAUCAGAUCAAUAGAUGAGUUAUGAGGUGAGGAAAUGAAGUGAGUCAGUAUAAAGGUAUUAAGGGUUUAAAGUAUUAGUUUGGUUUAAAAUUAGAGCAGUUGAUCAGCCAGUUUGGACAUGUUAGGUUAAAAAGGCUGACCAACACUGGACUACUGGACUACUAACUUAGAAAAACAGAGCUUCUCUCAAAUUGCUCUAUUUUACCUCAGCAAAGUAUAAAGGAUUAUUCCAUUACUGUGUCAUUUAAAUAUGUACAUUUUUGUAGCUUUUCCGAGUUUUUAAAAAUCAGCAUUAGUUUGUUUACUAAAAUGAAAGUAAUGACAGUCUUAAGUCCAGUGUUUGUUAGCAACAUUAGCCUAGCAUCCACCAUUGUAAACUACAGAAACACACUUCAGAUAAGAUAUAAAGACAUCUUGUAGUUUAUUGACUGCAUCCUGGGGGUGAAUUAAUGAAUCAGUGAGGAAUUAACCUUGGAUCUAAUUUACACCUGGUUAAUUAUAUCUUCCUGAGCAUCAGGAUUAUAUCUGGAUAAGUGGAAGCCACUCCAAAAUGUUACACAAAAAACGGUUACAAUUCCGAUCAAAUCUGAGAUGGGUUUGAGCUACGUUAAAGCAGUGCAUACACAUCCGUGUCCCCAUGACUCAUUUAACAAAUCAAAACUUCUCCCAGUAAAAUUGAAUCUCUCCCCAUGCAGUGUGUUAUUGCAAGUGGUCUAAACUAGUGACUCACUAAACAAAACAAAGCAUUUGGCCUAAGACUGGAUUUUAACAAACUUUCUUUUUAACAGAUUUUUGUGUUGCACUUUUUUCAUGCCGUUACAAAAGUACAUUGUAAAAAUAUUAAGUACACUUAAUAUGUUUAACAUCCCACCAGACAAACCAAUAAACCACAAUACAGUGUUUCUGCUACAUAUGUUUUGUAUUGGUUGCCCACCACUGCUUAAUUAUUGCCGCUGCUUCUGCACAACUUUAUGAAACGACAUGAAAUUGCAAUUAUAAAACACUACAGUACACUAAUUUCAAAUGAGGGAUGCAGAGACGGCAGCUGUCCUUGGCUAGGCUAGAGGGUGAAGUUAACUGUAUUUUAGGCUGGAUUACUCACUGAAUAGAUGACAGGCUGAAAUCCCUUUUUUUUUAGAUCAGUCUUUAAACUGCCCUGUGGCUAAAGGGAGCCCUCUGGUGCUUUUUUUGGGCUGACACUGUUAAAAGAAAUUGUAAAGUAAGUAAGUCAUUGUGACCUGAAAUAGCCUAAAAUACAUUUGUAUUUGUUUGGUAUAAAGUAUUCAGCAUUAGGGGUGGGCGAUAUGGCUCUAAAAUAAUAUCACAAUAUUUCAGGGUAUUUUUGCGAUAAUGAUAUAAUUGGAAUUUCUGGAAUAUAGUAUAAGAGUAUAACAGUAUAAUCAUAAUGUGGCAAAAUAAAUGAUAUAGCAUAAAAUAAUAUAAUGCAGCAAAAAAUAUUGCAGAAUAUUUAGUGCAGCAUAUAAACUACAAACUAAAACAAUUAUACAAUAAAUACACUUAAAGCUUCACAGUAAAUAAUAGACUAUUUUUAAGACAAAACAUCCCUGUUAGCACGAUAUGGAUUUUAAAUAUCAUGAUAUUUCGGUGUCACGAUAUAUUGUAUACGAUAUAAUUUGCCCACCCCUAUUCAGCAUCUUUAAUUCUUUGGCCAUUUUCAGCCAAAUAUAUUCGGUCGCUAAUUAUUCAGUUCAGCCCUAGUUUAAACCGCACUGCCAAAGCUGUUGUCUAAAAUUGUAAAUUUUCAGAUCCACAACCGUCUUUAGCACAGGACAGGAAUAAGCUGAACAAAUGACCACAUUUUAGCUUACAGAGGAAUUGAAUAUCAAUGUGACCAACUGAAGACUCCUUUUGGUACCGAUUGUAAAUGCAUGUGGCUAAAAGCUUAUUAGAAUAUAAUCUACAUACUAAUCACAUGAAGUGACCAGGUGUAAACAAGGCCUUAUUAUUAUUUGUAUUCAUUAAUGGCUUUAAAUAGCUGUUCAUUUAAAAGGUGCAAAACAGAUCCUGAUAAAUGGUAGUUAAAAUAUAAACUCCUUUUUAUGUGUGAAGGGGGGAGGUUUGGAUUGUACACGCCAGGUUUUAUGAUGACAAUUACUCAAAAAUGUACUGAACAGUGUGGACGUGCGAGCUUUCGCCCACUGUCAAACGUCUGUGAGAAAUACCACACUACUGAUAACUCUAUCCAAGACACUAUUUAACCACUGCCACAUCAUGGUUACGCACUCGUUCAGUGCGUUCUCAGUGACUGCGCUAUCCUGACAGCCUUAGGUACAUUAUAGGGUGGGUUCAGUGUAUGUUCACUAUUAGCAAAUGCUUUAUUCUGUUCAGUUGUGUACUAAAAAAACACUAGUCUUCAAACUUACUGUUUUAACUUACUUCUUGAAAACUUAGUAUUUAAGUUAUAAAUAAAAAAAAAGUGUCCAUGGUGAUAUACUGUAUGUGUGUCACAAAAUACCCACAUAGUGAGCCCAUGUAAAAGAUGUGGGUGUAUCUUUACAGCACUUAUCCCAUCACUUUACCUUGUGAAGUCCUUAAGUGACAUACUAAACAUCCUAAGCACAUGACCGGACUGUGUGUGAAAGGUCAGAUGACCACAGAGAGUGUAGAUGUGUUGGGUUAGUGCUGGAGAUAAAACUAGCUCCUUUUUAAAAUGUGUGUUUAUUGUUUGCUUCUACAGAUUUGUUCAACACAACUUCUAGAACGAAAUUUUAAGAUACAAGUUAUUUUAAGUUUGCUGUUAUUUAUGUUAAAUCAGAGUUUUAACCAUUGCUCUCUAUCACAAUAAGAAAAAAACAUGAAUGAGCUGCUUAAUUAAAUUAACUUGUUAAUUUUUUUAUUCUGUAUUUAUACUCACAACGGGGCUGGGCUCUUUUGGGUUUACAUAGGAGCUGAAUGGCUAAAGAACAUCACACUCCCUGUAGAUACUUGGAAGAAUCUGUUAAAAAGAUUUACAUCAGUCUAUGCCAAAAUCUUCCAUAUAUAUUGUAAUCUGUCAUUUAAUGUGAACUCACUGAGAUCUGUUAAUUGAUGUUCCUGUUUUUUUUAUAUACAUAUUUUUCUAAUUUAUUUACCUCAAUAUUUAAAGUUGAACAUUUUUACAUGCUAACACAAAUAGAGAGCUUUCGGUAGGACUGUUGUAAACAAAUGUUAAGCACCUUUAUGCUUUUCUUUUUCACAUUUUAGGAGGCCUUAAUCACAAUAAUGCCUUCUUCUGUAUAACUGUGUGUUGGGAAAUCGUAUAAGAACAGUGAGCCAGAUCUGGAAAUUACGAGACCUAAAGGAGGUAAAGAAAAACUUGGUGGUGUAUUAGUGAUAAAUGCAUUUUGAAUGUGUUUUUUCUUUGACAAGUUAUAUUCUUGUGACUUCCGGUAAAUGCAGUGUAUUUUGUUUAAAGAUGUAUUUUCCUAAGCCUUUCGAUGCCUUUUUGACAUUACCUUCUCUACCAUUUUUCUUCUUGUUUAAAAGAUUAAAAGUGUUGAAAAUG